CUUUCUGUUUGGCCUGUUUUUUUUUUUCUUCUGCCACUCUCAGACUCUGCACUUUCUUAAAGUUUCUUUCAGCGCAAGAAACACACUCUCUUUGGAGAUCUUCAAUGGCUCCCAAAAAGAAGCCAUUGAAGCAAGGCAACAGAAAACCUACUGCAUCAUCGAAAACCAGCCAAGCGUCAGCGUCGGCUCCGCGCCUCCAGAUAUCGGCCGAGAACGAGAACCGACUUCGUCGACUCUUACUGAACUCCGGCCAUUCCUCCCAAUUUCAAGGUGAUCCGAAUCCGGUCCAAGAUUCUCACUCCAAGACCCAAAAAGCAAAAAAACUUAAAGCCGUUUACGAGAAGCUUUCUUGUGAAGGUUUUUCAAACGAUCAAAUUGAGCUCGCUCUUUCUUCUCUCAAGGAUACUGCUACUUUUGAGGCUGCUCUCGAUUGGUUAUGCUUAAACUUACCUCGUAACGAGCUUCCUUUGAAGUUUACUAGUGGAAUUUCUUUGCAUUCAGAUGGAGGAGGGCCUGUCAAUGUUAUAUCAUUUAAACAAGAAGAUUGGACUCCUUCGGUGGAUGCUUCGACAAGGAUAAAGGAAAACUUAGUGGGACUUUCUGUUAGAACCAAGGGGAGUGCUGAUGAGGAUUCCGUAAAUACAUGCCAACCAUCUCAAGCAGAUUGGAUUAGGCAAUAUAUGGAACAACAAGAAGAGGAUGAAUCCAAAACUUGGGAAGAUGAAGCAAGUGAUGAGGGUUCUACCAAGGAGGUCUCUGGACCAAGGCCUUAUGAUGUUAUUGCGAAAGAAUACCAUGCAGCACGAUUAGAAGCUACAAAAGCUAAAGAAAAGGGGAAUAAAAAAGGCCAGGAAAAGGCAGGCAAUAUAAUACGCAAACUCAAGCAGGAGUUGUCUGCUUUAGGAUUAUCAGAUGAUAUUUUAGAAUCAGAUUUUUUGCAUGAGCGAGCAUCUGCAUGUGUGUCUGAGGACAUGUUCAAUAGUUCCAUUCCUGAAGAGCACCCUGAGGUAAUAUCUUUAGGUGAUGAAGAAGGCAAUUCAGCAGCCUCUGUUAUGUUUUUGGACGAAGCAACAUGCAGUGUAAAUGAUACAGAGUCCUCUAAUGAGUUUUCAACCAAUUCUAUUCCUUCUCUCUUACCUGCUCAAGGAAAAGGUGUAUCAGAAAAUAUGUUAGAAGAUGUGGAGAUUGGUGAUUUCUUCUUAGAGGAUACUUCAGUUAAUGAUGCUUUGCCUCCUGAAGUAUUGAAAUUGCAGAAGAAAGAAAAGAUGAAAGAAUUAUACAGCGAGAAAAAUUUAGAGAAAUUGGAUGGAAUCUGGAAGAAGGGAGAGCCAAAAAAGAUUCCUAAGGCUGUUCUUCAUCAAUUAUGUCAAAGAUCAGGGUGGGAGGCUCCAAAAUUUAAUAAAAUGCCUGGGAAAGGUAAAAGUUUCACAUAUUCUGUUAGUGUGUUGCGUAAAUCUAGUGGAAGGGGCAAGAGCAGAAAAGCUGGGGGGCUGGUCACCUUUCAGCUUCCUCAUGAACAAGAAGCUUUUGAAUUUGCUGAGGAUGCACAGAACAGAGUUGCAGCAUUCGCUCUUUGUCAGUUGUUUCCAGAUCUUCCUGUUCAACUUGUAGUCACUGAGCCUUAUUCUUCUCUCAUUUUUCAAUGGAAAGAAGGGGAACCAUUGACCAAAAUAGAAGACAGCGAGGAAGAUCGAAGGGCUGGUUUUGUGGAUCGGUUAUUGAAUGCUGAUGAUUCCAGAUCAAAGGCUUCUAGUGAUGAUAUGAAUGAAUCUGCUGUAGAUAAGUUCCAAAAGCCCUUCAUUGAAGGAAAUAAAACAUCGAGUUCUGUUGUAGCUGAUCCAAUAGCUGAAAGGAGAAGCCAUGCGAAAGAAGUGGAAAGUUUGUAUUUGAGACAGGAAGAAGAAAAGAGAAAGCAGACACAUAAAUACAAGGAGAUGUUGAAAACUAGAGCUGCUCUUCCUAUUGCUGUGUUGAAAAAUGACAUUUUACAGCUGCUUAAGGAGAAUAAUGUUCUUGUUGUUUGUGGUGAAACAGGAUCUGGAAAAACUACUCAGGUUCCUCAGUUCAUAUUGGAUGAUAUGAUUGAAUCAGGACAGGGUGGACAUUGUAAUAUCAUAUGCACGCAACCAAGGAGAAUAGCGGCAAUUUCUGUUGCAGAGCGAGUUGCUGAUGAGCGUUGUGAACGAUCUCCUGGUUCUAAUGGUUCUUUUGUUGGAUAUCAAGUUCGUCUAGACAAUGCAAGGAAUGAGAAGACAAAGCUUCUCUUUUGUACAACUGGUAUUCUUCUGAGGAAACUUGCGGGGGAUAAAAGCUUGACUGGUGUUAGUCAUAUCAUAGUUGAUGAAGUACAUGAACGGUCUCUUUUGGGUGAUUUUCUACUCAUUGUUUUGAAGAAUCUGGUUGAGAAGCAAUCUGCCUAUGGCACACCCAAGCUGAAAGUUAUUCUUAUGUCUGCAACGGUUGAUUCUGAUUUAUUCUCAAGAUAUUUUGGGCUUUGCCCGGUGAUUACUGCACAAGGCCGGACACAUCCGGUGACAACUUGCUUUCUUGAGGAUAUAUAUGAAAGUAUCAAUUAUCACCUUGCUUCAGAUUCUCCUGCUUCUCUAAGAUAUGAAACAACCACAAAGGACAUGAGUGGUCCUGUGAACAAUCGUAGAGGAAAGAAAAAUCUUGUUUUGUCUGCAUGGGGUGAUGAUUCCCUGCUUUCGGAGGACUAUGUAAAUCCAAAUUACAAUUCAAGUAGUUAUCAAUCAUAUAGCGAUCAAACACAACAAAAUUUGAAAAGACUGAAUGAAGAUGUCAUUGAUUACGAUCUGCUUGAAGACUUAGUCUGUCAUGUAGAUGAAACAUGCGAUGAGGGUGCUAUACUCAUCUUUUUGCCAGGUGUUGUAGAAAUUCACACACUGCUUGAUAGGCUAGCUGCAUCUUAUCAAUUUGGACCAUCUUCUGACUGGCUUUUGCCUCUACAUUCAUCAAUAGCAUCAACCGAGCAAAAAAAGGUUUUUUUAAAUCCUCCUGAUGGCAUACGUAAGGUUAUUAUAGCAACGAAUAUUGCAGAGACUAGUAUAACAAUUGAUGAUGUGGUCUAUGUGAUUGACUGUGGAAAGCAUAAGGAGAAUCGUUAUAAUCCUCAAAAGAAAUUAUCAAGCAUGGUUGAAGAUUGGAUAUCUCGAGCGAAUGCUAAGCAGAGGAGAGGAAGAGCUGGCCGUGUUAAGCCUGGAAUUUGCUUUUGCUUGUACACACAACAUAGAUUUGAAAAGCUCAUGCGUCCAUAUCAGGUUCCUGAAAUGCUUCGGAUGCCUUUAGUAGAGCUUUGUUUACAAAUUAAGCUACUUAGCCUCGGUCACAUAAAGCCUUUCUUAUCCAAGGCUUUGGAACCACCCAAGGAAGAAGCUAUGAACUCUGCCAUUUCAUUGUUAUAUGAGGUUGGUGCUGUUGAGGGAGAUGAAGAGUUGACUCCUCUUGGGCAUCAUUUGGCAAAGCUUCCUGUUGAUGUAUUAAUUGGAAAGAUGCUGCUCUAUGGUGGAAUAUUUGGUUGCUUAUCGCCUGUCCUAUCAAUCUCUGCGUUUCUCAGCUAUAAGUCUCCAUUUUUGUAUCCAAAAGAUGAGAAGCAAAAUGUUGAAAGAGCUAAAUUGGCUUUAUUAAGUGAUAAGCUCGAUGAAUUAAGUGAUUCAAAUGUUGCUGAUAGGCAGUCUGAUCAUUUGCUAAUGAUGGUUGCAUAUAGGAAGUGGGAGAAGAUUUUCCGAGAGAAAGGAGUAAAAGCUGCCCAGCGGUUCUGCAACAUGUACUUUUUAAGCAGUUCGGUUAUGUACAUGAUAAGAGACAUGAGAAUACAAUUUGGAACACUGCUAGCAGAUAUAGGAUUCAUCAAUCUUCCAAAGAAUUAUCAGACUGGGGGUAAAAGGGAGAAUCUUGAUGGUUGGUUUUCUGACUACUCACAACCAUUCAAUAUGCAUUCACAUCAUUCAGCAGUUGUGAAGGCAAUAUUAUGUGCAGGUUUAUAUCCUAAUGUGGCUGCCACUGAGCUGGGCAUUGCUGAAGUAGCUCUCAGUAGACUUAAACACAGUCCAGCAUCAAAGGGUCAUCCAGUCUGGUAUGAUGGAAGACGAGAGGUUCAUAUACACCCUUCUUCAAUCAACAGUAGCUUGAAAUCCUUUCAACAUCCAUUUCUUGUCUUCCUUGAAAAGGUUGAAACCAACAAGGUAUUUCUGCGAGAUACUACAAUCAUAUCUCCCUUCUCCAUUUUGCUGUUUGGUGGCUUAAUUAACAUUCAACAUCAGUCUGGAUUGGUUACUAUAGAUGGAUGGUUGAAGCUGACAGCACCUGCUCAAACUGCUGUCUUGUGUAAGGAACUUAGAUCAGCUCUUCAUUCAAUUUUAAAGGAGCUGAUUAGAAAGCCAGAGAAUGCAACUAUUGUAGAUAAUGAGGUUGUCAGGUCAAUGAUAAAUUUGUUGCUAGAUGAAGACAAGCCCCCAAAAUAGUUGAGCACUAUAGUCUUUCCUGUUGCAGUGGCUGAGCUCGAACUUGCAUCAAGACACACGGUUGUGUAACUUAUUGUUCAAGGAUGCUGCCUGCCUGAAUUUGGAGGAACUGGGAAGUGAUGUUUGUUUUCAUUGGCAGUGCAGGCUAAGUUCUUCAAAGAAAGCAUCGGGUUUACUGAAUGCAUGGUCUUCAAAAUGACGUGAUGACAGCAAGGUUCGAGUACAAAAAUUCGCACUCCUGGCAAGAAUUUCAUUUAUUAUCAUAUUUCUUCUGCGUCAUCGGUAAUAAGACCGGCUCUGGACUUCAUAAGUGCCUAUAUAAGAUUAAGAUUUUGGAAAUUACAAUGUCAAAUAUAUAAAGGCUUAAGAUUAUACCAUGAAACUACUUUUUUUUAUGCUUACAGCUUAAUCUCAUAUUUGGCUGUCGGAGUGAAUUUUC